AGCCAUCAUGGAGCUCAGCACAGUCCUGUCUUUUGUUCUGGUCCUGUUGGGCUACCUAUGGUGGAAGGUGACUCGCCCAAAGUCCUUCCCUCCAGGUCCCCUGGCUCUGCCCUUCGUAGGGAACCUAUUACAGAUAGACUUCAACAAUUUCCUCAAGGAUAUAAAGGAGUUCUCCAAGGUGUAUGGCCCAGUGUACAGUGUAUAUCUAGGCUCCACACCGGCUGUGGUGGUUCGAGGACUCAAAGCUCUCAAAGAGGUUCUUAUGAUCAGAGGCACAGAAUUUGCAGACCGACCUCAGAACAGAAUGUUAAAUGCCAUAUCUCAUGGGAAAGGUUUGGUGGUGGCUCCUUAUGGACAGGCGUGGAAGGAACACAGACGCUUCACUCUGUCUACACUGAGGAAUUUUGGUCUGGGCAAAAAGUCCAUGGAGGAGAGGAUUGCUGAGGAGAGUAUCUAUAUAAUACAGAACUUUGAAAAGAACAUAGAUACUAUGCUUGAUCCACAUUUCAUUAUUGAUAAUGCUGUAUCCAACAUUAUUUGUUCCAUUGUGUUUGGAAGACGCUAUGACUAUGAUGACUCCACCUUCAGAGAGGUGCUUAACCUCAUCCAUGAAAAUAUAAAGAGUUCCACUAGUAUUUGGGCACAGCUAUAUAAUGCGUUUGGAUUCGUCCAUUAUCUCCCUCUGCCGCACUGGAAGGUUUUACAAAAUGCAGAGACUGUUUUUGCAUUUCUUGAGAAGAUUUUAGAGGAGCACAAGAGAACAAGAACACCUGGAGAACACAGAGACUACAUUGACUGUUAUCUGGAAGAGCUAGACAAGGAAGGACAUGAGAAUAAAAGCAAGAAAACAUUUGAUAAUCACAACCUGUUCAUUUGCGUGGCAGAUCUGUUUCUGGCUGGUACUGAGACAACAUCUGCCAGUCUAGAGUGGUGCCUUCUCUAUAUGAUGGUGUUUCCCGAUGUACAAGAGAAAUGUCGAAGUGAAAUUGACAGAGUUCGUGGAGACAGAGACCGACUUGAUUAUGAGGACCGCGUGAGCAUGCCAUACACACAGGCUGUCCUACAAGAGGUACAGCGAUUUGCCUGCAUUGCACCUCUAGGUGGAGCUCACGCAGCCCUAAAGGACGAACCACUAAAUGGAUUUAUAAUCCCAAAGGGAACAACCAUAAUCACAGAUCUGUCAUCUCUUAACUACGAUGAAACUUACUGGAAAUAUCCACAUGAGUUUAAUCCAGAGAACUUCCUGAACGAUGAUGGAGAAUUGAUAAAAGUAGAAUCGUUCUUGCCAUUCUCUGCAGGGCCGCGGGUCUGUCUUGGAGAAAAUCUUGCUCGUAUGGAAAUAUUCCUCUUUUUUACCACUCUCCUUACCUACUUUGAGUUCCAGUGGCCAGACCCAGCAUUACCCCCAGACCUCACACCAGUAUUUGGGAUCACUCAAGCCCCAAAACAUUUCAAGAUGCGUUUGGUUUCACGGAAAUAA